UUUGUUUUGUUUUGUUUUGUUUAUAUCUAGACACUAGAGUCAGGCAUGAUUAAAUCAAAUGCAUAUUGUUUUUACUUGACACUUUACUUUCAUCAACUUUUAAAUCAAUUGAACACACAUAUAUAUGUGUGUAUAUAUAAUAUAUAUUACACAUAAAACGAAUAAGAAAAAGUUGGUAUGGUGAAUGUUACUGAUAUAUUUUAAAAAGAAAAACAACAAAAAUGAGAAGUCCUAGUUUUCUGAAAAGAUAGAGAAGACAGGGCUAAAGAAUGCUUGUUUAAAAAGGUAUUUGAGGAAGCCGGGGGCUCCGCAUGCUGCAGCUGCCCCGGCGCGGAGACAGUGGCCAGGCGCCAGCCUGGCAGGCAGCUGGGAGGCGGCAGCGCAGGGAGGGGCCUGGUGAGAUGGCAAGGGAAGGUCACCGUCAAGUAGGACCGCAAGGAGCUAUGGAAGCGCCGCCUCAGCCUGGAGAUCCGGAGCUCCACAUGGAUGUGGAUGAACUCUUGGACAUGGAAAGUGAUGACACCCGGGCUGCUAGAGUCAAGGAGCUGUUAGUUGACUGUUACAAACCCGCUGAGCCCUUCAUCCCUGGCCUGCUGGACAAGGCCCCGGGCAUGCAGAAGCUGAGCACACCUCAGAAGAAGUAAGGGUCCUGACUCAGAUGGCCGCGGCUUCCACAGCACAGUCGCUGACCCCCAACCUCGUAGCAACAGCAAUACCAGGGGACCCUGCAGCCAGGCCUGGUGCUGUGAGCAGGGAUCCCUAUGCCCCUGCCCAGAGGUCACUUUCCUUGCCCCCAGUUUUCCAUUUUGGGGUUUUUUUUAUUGUUAUUAAACUGAUGGGACUUUUUGUGUUUUUAUAUUGACUCUGUGGUCCAGGCCCUUUAAAUAUAAAAGCUAGGAUAUGCCUUUGGAGCAGCUAAAAAAAA